AUGGCCUACAUCAACUAUGAAGACUGGGCUGUAGGUGACUUGUGCAGCAAAUCUGGUAGUGAUGGAGACUUGGAUCUGAGGGAAGAGUUCCUCAUAGUAGCUCUGUUUUCUCUGGAGUGGCUUGUCUUUGUGGGAAUUCUUGGCGUCCUGACAUUCCAGAUAAUUUUGCAAACCAUUUGGGAAAGUGAGGAGGAGGAGCAGGAGGUGGCUGACAUCGCCUCCGUGUUGCUGAAACCCCCACCUUUAAAUGAAGAGCAGCAGAAUGAAUAUGCAAAAGACGAUGGAUUUGAGUUCGAUUUCAGUGAGGAUUUCUUUGAGGACUUGGACUUAAAGGAAUACUUGAAUGAAGAGGAGAGCAAGGAGGAAGACGACGAUGAUUCAGGAAAUUCAAGUGUCUGUUCAACUGUUGGCAGAUUCCUAUGUGAUGAAGUUAAGUAUAAGCUGUCUUAUUACUUUCAUCACCUUGGCAUUCUGAAGUCACAAUCAUUGGUCACUAAUGAACCAACUGCAUAUGAGUGUGAAACUUCAGAUGAAUCAUUUGAAGGAAUAGCAGAUGAGGAGAAAUGGGGAGAGGAUGAAAGUGGAAACUUGGAAGGAGAGUCUUAUGAGGACGCGGAGUUUGCAGAAUGGUACUUCCCUGAGGAAUGCAG